AUGAAUUUCACAAUUUUCACAGACCCGGCAGUCCGCCUUAAAAUUGCUGAGCAACAAGAGCAAGUCUACGAAGACACGGUAACGGUCAGUAACCAUUUUGAUCUGGGUAAUGGCCGACAGGUAGCCACCAGCUCAACUUCAAGCAACCAGUCACCCCUUCCCCUAGUGACGUGGUCUACAACAAAGACGCCGUUGAACGAAGGAAGACUAUACAAGACGGACGGGAAAAGAAGAGCUCGAAAUGUGGAAAGCAGUCGAAAAUACAGGAAAAGAAGGAGGGAACGUUUUCAAAGUCUGGAGCUGGCAAAUAAAAGACUGCAGGAACAAAUUGAGGAAGUAGACAGACAGCUUCAGGAGCUGAAUUUUGCUUUCCAUCAGUUUGUGCAACAUGCAGAAUGUUGUGAACACUGCUGUAAUAUAAGGAUAGGAGAAUGAGUUCCCGCAUCUGUAGUGUAUAUAUUGGUCAUGACUUUGACCAGGUGACCUUCCAGACGUCGCAGAAGCAGGCGUCAGUUUUAUGCAUUAAUAGUUGAGCACUUUACUGUGGAAUUUGUGAUUUCAAUACUCCAGAUUUAUCCAUGUAUAAGGAUUUUUUUUCCACUUAAAUUUAGCGAUGGCUACCGUAAUUUGGUAUUUUAUGUCAAAGUGUCAUUGCGAAAUAAAGUUACACUGGCCCACGUUAUUUUGAAAUUUCUUCACUAUACGACCAAUUUCUGUUGGAGGAAAAACUACAAGGUAAUGACAACAUUCUGUCUCUAAGAUCAAUGUAGCCCAUAAGUUUUACUUAAGAGGGGUGCUAUUGCUGUGAGACAAUGUUUAACCACUCAGGCAUUUUUCUUAACCCUAUUUAGCCUGGGGUGGGG